CGCUCAUACACCUUGCCACUUCUAUCGUCACCAACGCUACCAUCUAGGCAUUCAUCAUCGUCCCUGCGCCGACCCUCUUUGACAGAGGGAGGCAACACAUCCACGCCACGUAAUGGCCUUCAAACGCUCAUCCACCCUCCUCUUCGGCCUGCCCGACCAAGACCGCGAAUGGGAGUCGGUGCAGGCAAAGACGUUCACCAAGUGGCUCAACACGAAGCUCUCCUCUGCUGCGAGCACCACGCCGCCCCUCACUGACCUGUCGAGGGAUCUCUCGAAUGGAGUGAAGCUCAUCCAGCUGAUGGAGUGCAUGGGCGAAACGAGUCUGGGGCGAUACUACCAGAAUCCAAAGAUGCGCGUACAGAUGGCCGAGAAUGUCAACAAGGCGCUGGAUUUCAUUAGGGGCAGAGGGGUGGUCUUGACGAACGUAGGAGCAGAGGACAUCAUCGACGGCAACCUCAAGCUGAUUCUGGGCAUGAUCUGGACGCUCAUUCUGCGCUUCACCAUCGCCGACAUCAGCGAGGAGGGCGUCAACGCCAAGGAGGGUCUUCUCCUCUGGUGUCAACGCAAGACGACGCCCUACCAGCCCGAAGUCGAGAUUGACAACUUCAGCUACUCCUGGAAAUCCGGCUUGGCAUUCUGCGCCCUCAUCCAUCGACAUCGUCCGGACCUCCUCGACUACCAUUCGCUCCCCAAAGACGAUGCCCACGCCUGCACAUCCCUCGCCUUUCGCGUCGCGCAAGAGCAUCUGGGGAUCCCGCAGCUCCUCGACGUAGAGGACCUCUGCGAUGCCAAGAAGCCCGACGAGCGCUCCGUCAUGACGUACGUCGCGCAGUACUUCCACGCAUUCAGUAGCAUGGAGCAGGCAGAGGUGGUAAGCAGAAGAGUGGCCACAUUUGCAGAGGUGAUGCAGAGUGCUUGGGUGAUGAAGAAUGAGUACGAGAGGAGGGCGGAGGCGCUCGUCCUCGCCAUUCACCAGCUCCUCGACGAAUGGUCCACCUCAAUCCCACAAGGAUCGUACGCUUCUGCUCGCUCCCUCCUCUCCGGCUUCAACACGUACAAGAGCGGUCAGAAGCGGUCAUGGGUGCAAGAGCGGACGGACCUCACGGCUUUGCUGGGUAACAUCCAGACCAAACUCAAGACGUACAAUCUGCGCGACUGGAGGCCACGCGCAGGGCUGCGACAGCGUGACCUCGAUGCGGAAUGGGCGGCCCUUGCUGCGGAGGAGGUCAAGCGCAGUCGCAUGAUCAAUCAGUCGAUUCGAGAGGCAAAGGAGGCCCUGCGCGUGCAGUUUGCAGAAGCGGCCAACGAGUUCGAGGAGGAGCUGCGAGGCGUCUCGGCUGGUAUUGCCAAGCUCAAGGGCGACCUCGAGAAGCAACGCUCCACAGUCUCCACCCUCCUCACCCGCGUCCACUCCGUCGCCCCUCGCGUCUCCCACCUAGCCGCCCUGGAUGCCCUCUGCGUGGAGGCCAAUGUAGAAGAGAACGACCACACUGUCUUCAAUCUGGAGGACCUACGCUUCGAGCUCGAGCUCGUCACCAAAGCCGUCGCCGCCAAGAGCGCAUUCAUCGACAACCAGCUCACCUCGCGGCAGCACACCAACCUCACCCCCGCGCAGCUCGAGGAGUUUGAGAGCACGUUCCGCUACUUUGACAAGGAUGGGACGAACAGCCUGACCGUCUCUGAGCUGGGCGCGGCGCUGGCGAGCUUGGGGAUGGUGUACAGCGAGGCGGACGUGGAGCAGAUUGCGGUACAGCUCGAGGACGACUUUGGGAGCGUUUGCUACGAUGCGUUCCUCACGUUCCUUCGCGAGAUCACAGAGGACACGACGAGCCCUGAGCAACUACUGGAGGCAUUCCAGGGCCUGGCGGGGGAGAAGCCAUACGUUACCGAGCUGGACUUGCGCGAGGCACAGCUACCUGCGGGCAGUGUGGACUACUUCAAGCGGGAGAUGCCCGAGGUUGAGGAGGGGGAUGAGGAGAGGAGGGAGCAGUUGGGUCUACCUGUGGGGUCGAAUGGCUCCGGAGCUGGGGAGGGCAAGGUGUACGACUACGAGGCUUACUUGCACGGGCUGUUCUGGAGCGCGGCUACGGGUGGGCUGGGAGGCGGGGGUCACGAGGCGGAUACAUCGGCCGUCUUUGGGCACGACGCUGAUGCGUCCUUUGCUUGAGCGAGGCGAGUGCUCAAGCCCAGCUGCAUCUUCGCGGGGCAGGCUCAGGCCGGCUGAGCAUGGCCGACGCCCGUACUCUCAGCUGCCUCCGCACGUCUCGCACCUGUUCCCUCUCUGCUGUCCCUUCUCCCGCCUCACUCUCGUCCUGUUGUCACAAUAGUCUCUGCUUCUCUCAUGCUUCCCCCUGCUACUCCUUCUCAUCCAAUCUAGACUAUCGCCUCUGCCUCCGAUCCGCUGCAGCCCUUCAUACUGCGCUGCGCCCUCUUC